CAAACAUAAACCAACCCGAUCCAUCGGGAAGAAGUCGGAGUUAUCUGGUGUCGGGUCGGGUUAGUAGGAAGCCGAGCUCAGCAUUGGAGAGAAGAAAACGAAGAGUCAAGACAGUCGAAGAAAUCCACUUCCUCCUCUCCUUCACGUUCCCGUAGUUAUCUGCUCCGGCGAAGAUGACUCUGGAGAUCGAAGCUCGAGAUGUUAUAAAGAUUGUGCUGCAGUUCUGCAAAGAGAAUUCCUUGCACCAAACGUUCCAGACGUUACAGAAUGAGUGUCAGGUUUCUCUGAAUACUGUUGACAGCAUUGAGACAUUUGUUGCGGAUAUUAAUGGUGGGAGGUGGGAUGCCAUAUUGCCUCAAGUGUCUCAGCUAAAGCUUCCAAGGAAUAAGUUGGAAGAUUUGUAUGAACAGAUAGUAUUAGAAAUGAUUGAGUUAAGAGAAUUGGAUACUGCUCGUGCUAUUUUAAGGCAAACCCAGGUAAUGGGGUUUAUGAAGCAAGAGCAACCUGAAAGAUACUUGAGGCUUGAGCACCUCCUGGUCAGAACUUAUUUUGAUCCAAAUGAGGCUUAUCAGGACUCCACAAAAGAGAAAUGCCGUGCGCAAAUUGCUCAAGCUCUUGCUGCUGAAGUGAGUGUCGUACCACCUUCACGGUUAAUGGCUUUGAUUGGCCAGGCUCUUAAGUGGCAGCAGCAUCAAGGUUUGCUUCCUCCAGGAACACAGUUUGAUUUAUUUCGAGGAACAGCUGCCAUGAAACAAGAUGUAGAUGAUAUGCAUCCAGCAACCCUAGUGCAUACCAUUAAGUUUGGGAAAAAAAGUCAUGCAGAAUGCGCUCGCUUCUCACCAGAUGGACAGUUUCUCGUCUCUUGUUCUGUUGAUGGAUUUAUUGAGGUGUGGGAUUAUAUAAGCGGAAAGCUUAAAAAGGAUCUUCAAUACCAGGCUGAUGAAACUUUCAUGAUGCAUGAUGAUCCUGUUCUUUGUGUUGAUUUCAGCAGAGACUCUGAGGUGCUUGCAUCAGGGUCACAAGAUGGAAAAAUUAAAGUUUGGCGCAUAAGAACUGGUCAAUGCUUACGUCGUCUUGAGCAUGCACAUUCUCAGGGUGUCACAAGUCUUGCCUUCUCUCGCGAUGGGAGCCAGUUACUGAGUACAUCUUUUGAUAACACAGCAAGAAUCCAUGGAUUAAAAUCUGGAAAGAUGUUGAAAGAAUUUCGUGGCCACACAUCUUAUGUUAAUGAUGGCAUCUUUACAGCAGAUGGAAGCCGUGUUAUUACCGCCUCUAGUGAUUGCACAGUAAAGGUCUGGGAUGUAAAGACAACAGACUGCUUACAAACAUUCAAGCCACCACCUCCUUUAAGGGGAGGUGAUGCUGCAGUGAAUUCUGUUCAUCUUUUUCCCAAAAACACAGAUCAUAUUGUUGUAUGCAAUAAGACAUCAUCAAUAUACAUCAUGACACUUCAAGGACAGGUUGUGAAAAGUUUCUCAUCUGGUAAGAAAGAGGGGGGAGAUUUUCUUGCAGCCUGUGUCUCACCCAAAGGUGAAUGGAUAUACUGUGUUGGUGAAGACAGGAACAUGUAUUGCUUUAGCCACCAAACUGGCAAACUGGAGCAUCUAAUGACAGUUCAUGAAAAGGAUGUGAUUGGUAUAACCCAUCAUCCUCACAGGAAUCUUGUUGCCACAUAUAGUGAAGAUUGCACCAUGAAAUUAUGGAAGGCUUGAGUUGAGUAUACAAAUUUAAUCAAGUUUUGGCUUCCAAUAUUUAUUCUUGGUGUAAUUCAAUUGCAAUUUUUUUGUAAUUGUCUGUUUAGACCAUUUGAUCAAAGAUAGGUUCAUUGAUGAACUCCAUAAUAACUGCUUUCAUAUGAUUCAAUUUCCUGUGCUUAAAAAAUUAUUGAAUAUCUUUAGAGAUUUACCAAGUGUAGUAUGUCUAUGGGAUCUUAAAUUGUAGGGAUUUUCUUUACUGCAAAAGCUUAAAUUGGAUCCAAAGCUUUCUUCCCAAUAAAAAAUAAAUUAAAAA